AUGGAGAUCACGGCGGCCAAGGGCUCAGGGCCAGGCUGGAAGGUAGCCUGCACCCUGGCUGUUGUCCUGCUCUGCCUGCACUCACUCCUGCCACACACCAAGGUGGCUGGGACCACAGAUGGACCACCAGUGUCUGCCGUGUCAUCAUGUGGGAAGACUGCCGUAACUGGGAGGAUCACUGGUGGCAAGAACACAGUUGACAAACACUGGCCUUGGCAAGCUGGUCUUCUCUACCAGGGUACGUUUAUCUGUGGAGCUUCCCUCAUCAGUGACUACUGGGUGAUCUCAGCUGCCCACUGCUUCCAAAUGUCCCAUAAGCCAUCUGACUACAAAAUCUUGCUGGGGUACUACCAACUAGAAAAACCUACUUCAUACAGUCAGUUGGCAGCAGUGUACCGACUCUUCAUCCACGCUGACUAUAACAAACGCUACUUCCAGGAGAGUGACAUAACUCUCUUGCAGCUGUAUCAUCCUGCAAAGUUUUCUGACUCCAUCCGCACUGUCUGCCUCCCUGAAGCUAAUAUCCAGUCGCUCGAUCUUAUCUUCUGCUGGAUAACUGGCUGGGGGAUGGUCACUGAGCAAGAGUUCCUACCUACUCCCAAAACACUGCAGGAAGCAGAGGUCGGCUUUUUGGAUAAUUCAUUUUGUGAAUCGAUUUUGAAACCGCCAGAAACAAGCAACCAAACAAUUGCUAUAAAGGACGGCAUGUUGUGCGCUGCAGACUCCCUGACAGGAAAGUCUGUCUGCCGAGGUGAUUCUGGGGGACCCCUCGUCUGCAAAUUAAAUGACACCUGGUAUCUGAUGGGGCUGUCCAGCUUUAGCACGCCCUGUGAGAAGCCCAUAGGCCCCAGCAUUUUCACCAAAGUCUCCUACUACAACCAAUGGAUCAGUGAGAAGCAGAAAAGCUCGCCCAAUCCUGACCCUUCCACUGCUCCUGCUGAGGAGAAACCUCCUGCUCUGUUCAACUUGAAUUCUCUUGGCAAUGUCCACAAGCCCAGGAGCUUCCUAGUCCUUGUGGCUUCACAAACCUUCCUCCUGCUGCUGAUUUUCCUCUGA